AAUAAAGAAAAAAAAACUGUCAUGGCGGAUGCAUCAAUUCGGAAGAUGAAAACGAUGUCCAACAAUAACGUUAUGUAUCCACCCUCCCGCCCAGGUAUCCGAAUAGCAUAAACUACUAUAGUACUACACUGUCUGAACUGUGUCAAGAGUCAGAGUACAUUACCUGAGUCUGAGAUUGAGAAAACUGAGAAUGAGUGUAUCAGAUAAAAAUAUGGUCUCUGCCAAAGGCCUACCAUUGAAAGGAGAACCUGUGCAGAUAGUCAUAGCCACAGAAAACCAUACAUUUGACCUAGAUGAACCAGCUUUGGAGAAGAUAUUGCUGCGCAAAGAUGUGCAAGACAAAAUGGUGGCCAUUGUCUCUGUGGCUGGGGCUUUUAGGAAGGGGAAGUCAUUCCUGUUGGAUUUUUUCCUUAGAUAUUUAAGUGCUGGGCAACACAUGACUGGAGAAGAAGAUUGGCUUGGAGAUGACAAUGCACCACUGGAAGGAUUUUCUUGGCGUGGGGGCUCAGACAGGGAUACUACCGGCAUCCUUAUGUGGAGUGAGCCUUUCUUUAUGACAAAUAAAAAUGGAGAAGAGGUGGUGAUACUAUUAAUGGACACUCAGGGAGCAUUUGAUAGUGAAUCUACAGUUAAAGACUGUGCUACUAUUUUUGCCCUUAGUACUAUGAUCAGCUCUGUUCAGGUUUUUAAUUUAACCCAGAACAUUCAAGAAGAUGAUUUGCAGCAUCUGCAGCUAUUCACUGAGUAUGGUCGACUAGCACUAGAGGCCAAUGAUAAUGUAUCUAAACCCUUUCAGACUCUUCAGUUCCUUGUAAGAGACUGGAGUUUCCCAUAUGAAGCCCCCUAUGGCGCUGCUGGUGGUAGACAGAUUUUGGAGAAAAGACUGAAGAUUUCAGAUAAACAACAUCCUGAACUCCAACAGAUUCGUAAACAUAUUAGUUCCUGUUUCGACAAAAUAUCUUGUUUCCUUCUACCACACCCUGGACUCAAAGUUGCUACAAAUCCUUAUUUUGAUGGACGCUUGAAAGAGAUUGAGCCAGAGUUCCUAGGACAACUCCAGAUCCUCACUCCUUUGUUGCUAGCCAAGGAGAAUAUUGUUGUGAAGGAGAUCAAUGGACAGAAGGUCAGAUGUAAAGAAAUGUUGGAAUACUUCAAGGCCUAUAUGAAAAUUUAUCAAGGGGAAGAAUUACCAGAACCUAAGUCAAUGUUGCAAGCAACAGCAGAAGCCAACAAUCUAGCAGCAGUGGCCAAUGUCAAAUCUUUCUACAUGAAACAGAUGGAGGAUCUUUGUGGUGGAGACAAACCAUACCUCAGUCCUGAAGCUCUCCGAACUCAGCAUAAUAGGCUUGCUGAGCAGAGCAUUGACAUGUUUCAUGCCACUCGCAAAAUGGGUGGUCCAGAGUUCAGUCUGGCUUAUGAAGAGAAACUUAAGGAAGACCUGACAGAAGCCUUUGAGAACUUUUCCAGACACAACGACUCCAAAAACUUUUUUAGUGCCACUAGGACUCCCUCCGUUUUGUUUACAGUUAUUGUGGUGACCUACAUCCUCUCUGGUUUUAUGGGCAUGUGUGGAUUGGAGAUGCUUGCCAAUCUCAUCAACUUGGUAAUGAUCAUCUUCCUGGUUCUGUUGGUGGCCUGGUUAUACACUCGAUACAGUGGCGAACAUCGCAGUCUUUCUAUUGCUAUAGACCAGCUGGCAGACUUGCUUUGGGAGAAUAUUCUAAGUCAAGCAUACACUAAAGUGACUGAGCGGGGUAUACAAGAGGUUCUUCGGCAGCAAGGCUUGCCCAGCACAAAACCUGCAUCUGGCAAGGACAAGAAGAGGGUUUAAAGUGCAAUGGAUAACCUCAUUUCUCUUCUUUGUUUUUUUUUAGGCUUUUUUUUUUUGGUGAUAGAGUCUGUAAUAAUGAGUGUAACAAAUUACAAGGAUUUUGUCAGAAAUCAUUUUACAAAAGAUUAGGCGUCGUUCUUGAUAUGAUAUUGACACAUUUUAUCCUGACUUGAUAUUAUUCAAAGUAUGAAGCCCUGCACAGUUAUUCUGUAAUGAAUGUUGGUCCAUGAUCAUCUUUCUUCCCCAAGAUAUAGUUUUGAUUUAGCUAAUAACACAGAGAGUACAUAGAGGCAAAGACAAAUUAACAGUUGAGUUUGUUAUCUACUGACAAUGUUAUUUUGUAGACCAGAACAAUUCAUUUCAAGUCUAUACAAAUGUUAUUUUUUUUAAUGGAGCCUAUUUAAAAGGGAGUUGUAACAGUAACACAUUGAACAGACCUCAAUAAAUGUUCAGGACUGUUGGCAUGUGCUACUGUUUCUCUGUUUCUUAAAUCAUGUUCUAAUGCAUUGGUUACAGUAUGGUAGUUAGAGAGUGGUUCCUGUGUGGCUCCUAGUUUUUGUUGUCCAUUUGGUCUAUAUGCAGAGUUCAGAUUUUUGUUUCUAUGAAUGCAUUUUUUUUAAAGAAAAAGAAUUUUUACACUGGGAAAUAACAAGAUUGCCAUAUUGAAUUAUAAAAGCAUUUUGAUGUCUAAUACUAUUUAUUCUUGAACAUUGUCUUCACUCUAUAUGUUAGUAAUGUCCGAAUGUAAAGAGUCUGAAAUGAACUUGUACAGAUAUGUCCUUUAUUUUGUUUUCAUGUAUCAGUGCCUUAUUAACUGUUUCUGAUGGACUCCCUACAUUUUCAUUUCUCUGCUGGACUAGAGAUUUGUUAUUGUCCUUCUCUUUAGAAUAGUGUGUGAGAGAGAGCUGAAAAUCCCAGACGAGUAAUACAUUUACCUUAGCUUGAAAACCAUUUAGUUAUUUAUUGAAGUGAAAACUAUAUUUGUAAGUCGUUUUUAGAAAUAUGAUUAAUAAUAUUGCCGCAGCAGAUAUCUGAUUAUUUAGAGAAUAAUAAUUUAUACUCUGCCUAGUUUAUAUAGAUAUUCAUUUAUGUAUGUGAUACUGAAGUCUAGAAACUUUGAUAUCACCUGUAAAGCUUUAUUUUUUCUUCCGCUGAAAAGUUUAUUUCUUCAAAGAACUUUCUGGAUGAAAACAUUUUCACAUUUUUUUUUCUACGGAAAACUACCUUGAUACAUUUUUAGACAAUCGAACAUUAUAGAUUAGUCAGAAACUGAAAUAUGGCUCCUUUAACAUUAUUUUGUAAAUAAAAUAGAUGGGUUUACUGACUUGCAUAACAUUUUGUAAGUCUCCAUAUCAUUAAGUAAAUUUUUUGUUGGGGGGAGGAGAGGCAUAAUGUAUGUGUGUACUUAUAUUUGAAUGUUAAAAACUCUUGAUAUUUGUGGAUGUUGGCAUUUUGGGUAUUGUUUAUGUGUGUGUCUCUCAGCCAUCUAUUUCUCAUGGUCUCAGCAAAGAACAUUUGUGAAGGCAGAAUUCUUGACCUAGUAACCAAAGUAGAGCUGCACUUAACAGAAGUGUGUUUCUGCACCUCUUCCACUGCUUUCAAUAUCUUUUGUGUGUGCAGAAUAUCCUCACUUCCUCUUCCCAGUUUGACCCAUGUACAAAGAUGGGGGUAAAGAGUUUGUGAUGAAACAGGAUUUAGUGCUGCAGAAUUAGAGUAGAGUGAAAGUAGCAAAACUUCUACCCAUACCAAAGUACGACUUGGCCAUCCCCCACUCACACUAUAAGCAAGAGGACAGAUUUGUCCUUUUACAAUGUCGAAAAAUACAUAUUUUGAUUACUCUAUAUGCAAAAUUUUUAAUUUCCAGUGAUACUUGUACAUUGUGUCUAAUUGUCUCUAGGCCUACUUCUGUCUAUUUGUGUCUAAUAUCUCCUUGUAUUAUCACUACUGUAUGUUUUGCGGAGAAUGGGGUAGAAUGCAAACUUGGAAACAAUUUGAAAGCGUUAUCUUUUUUUGUUGAUUGGAGGUAAUAACUCUUCUGUACAUAGUGCUUAGUGAGUGAUGCCCCUUGAUUCCACUACUUGCUGUACAUAAUGGACAUUCCUAAAUUAUUUCCCUUUCGUAGUAUGCCAUGAAAUGGUGAAAAAAAAAAAUCAAAUUCGGUUAAUGUUGAUGCGUGACAGUUUUUUUUUUUUUUAAAUAAAUAUUGUGUCAGAAUAUACAUUUGGACUUGUUGCAAUUAAAUAACAUUUUUAUUUUUUUGUUGUUUAUUAGUUACAGUUAGUCUUACCUUGUGUACCAUCUUACCUCCUAAUUAAUGUUUCUGCAAGUAGAAGUUUGAUGACAUUGUAAACAAUGAUGUCACAAUAAACCAUUCCACAAUAACUUUCUAGCCUGAUAAAAAAAUAUACCAGUAUGAUGCUAAUUUUUCUUUUUUUUUUUUACCUAGUUGUAGCUGAAUCAACAGUUUUCUUUCGUGACAACUUAAACAAUUUGUAUUUUCAUCACAACAGUUAUUCUUAGUUGUAGUAUUCUAGAGACACUGACUAUUUAACCAAUGUCCUGAGAGCUUGUUUAUUCAGUGUAGUUUUUUCUCACUAGCAUUAUGCAGCCAGGGGAAAAUUGUUUUAGAGAUCCUUCUGUAAAGUGAAUCUAAUGUCAUUUCUAAAUAAUACCAGUUAGAACUGAAGAGUGGAGGUUUUAGAAACAUAAGUGUGACAACUAAUUUGUGCUUGUGUGUGACUAAUUGAAAGCAUUAUUAGUUUGUUUACUCUUAAGUUUACUCAACAUUUCACUGCAGAAACUUAGAAUCACUUCAUUUGUGCAUAAUUGUAAAAUAGUUCGAAAACAUAACAAACGCUGGGACAACUGCCCCCUUUUAUUUUUAAGAGACAGUUGUUCAUUUCAGCCUACUUAAGCAUGUUAACUGCAUAAUAAAGACAAAUGGUCUUAAAAUACUUAACUUAAAAACUUGUAAAAUAGUUUUAAAAAUGUUUGUUCCUAUUUUUUUUUUUAAAUGGAUCAUUUAAAUAUUUGCAGCGCUUAGAUCUCCCCACUGCCUGGUUGUGACCAAGUAGGAUUAAAUUGACAAUUGAUAUCUCCUGAAAUGUCUAUUCAAAGUAAUGUCCAAAUUGUUUUGUGCUAUAUAAGAGCAAUACAUAUACUAUAGAAAAUAAUACAUGUAUAAACAGCUGUUUAGUAUAACACAUCAAACAAAACAUUAACGGCUGACCAUAGUGCCAGGAACUAAUGAAUGGCCAGAUUUUCAGAUACAAAAGAACAAUCAAUAGUAUGUGGUUACAAUUGUGUAGUUCAUUGGUAAAUGUUUACAACUGUGUAGAAUAGAUGUUUUGAGACAGUGAAACAAAAUGCACAAUUAAACUGACACUAUAUAGCAGUCUAGAACAAAGGCUGAGUCUUGUUACAUUGUGAAAUGCUUGUUUGCCUAUCAUUAGCCCUUGCAAGGAUGCUUUAUUUGGAGCUUGCCAACUUAUUUUAACAAAAAACAACAUAUAGGUAGAUAGUUUGCUGUCAUCCAAAUAUUAAAAGAGGAUGUUCUUGAUGCAUUGAGUGUUCUGCUGUGUUGGAGUAUGCUCCACAUGAAUACCAAGUGUUUUCUUGGGUUAUCUCUCCUUUCUGACAUACCUUUCAGUCUUCAACCUGUAGUCUUAUAAGCUACAACUCAGUGUGUAAAUUGUUUAAUGGUCGAGUCUUGUAGAAUGUUUUAAAUUUGAAUAAGUGUUUAUAUGUUUUCUACAUUGUGAUAUUGGUGUGAACAGUACUCAUCGAGUUUUACUUGGCCUAUGUAGGUACAUUUAGGUAGCAGAACAACUGAAUUUUGUUCUUUCUGUCACACAUACCAAUACAAUGGUAUCUGUAGAUGACUAUGAUGAGAUCUGUUGUAAGGCACACUAGGCUUAAAGCCUGUACAUAUAGUCAAACAUAUCACCUGUAAAGCUCAAGUUAGUUUGUCUGGUGUGAGCACACAUGUUUCUACUGCACACCAUGUUGGGAUGAAAUGACUUUACCUUUUAAUGCGCUAAGAAAUGAAAUGAGGCUUUUUAUUCAAACAUUUGAUGUCGAUUGUUUGACUCCAAAUAUAUUAGUAAAUUUACAUUACUUACACCUCCAUCCAAAUAAAACCAUUGUAGGCCAAAAGUCUUAGCCAAAAUUGAGUAAACAAUACAGAGGUUGGUCUUCAGGACAGUAAGAAUUUGUAGUCAAUUUAUUUUCUUCUGAUUUCUUUGGGUCCAUUGGUUUGUAUGUGUGUAAAUAUAUUUAUGUAGAUAUCAACACUGAGUUGUCUUAAUGAGAAUGUUACCUACUAGAAGUAACUAGACGUAUUGCAUUGAAUCUAGCACUGCACUACAAGUUGCUUGAAAGAAAUGCUACAUUUUAACAGUGAACAUUUAUUGGCUUUCAAAUAGUUUUUGUUUAUCUCUGGCAUUCAGAAAUAAUUAAAAUACAACUAAAGUACAGAAUUUUUUUUAUUAUUAUAAGAUGUUAGUAUAUUAUGCAAAAUGGCUGUGACAGGCUUGUUAUCAGAUGUCAUUAAUGUCCUCCAAUCUCCUAAUUAGAUUAUGGUUGAUAUUGUAAAUGUGUAUUUCAUUUGUUUUUAACUGAUUGAUUUUUUUAUAUUUUUUAGAAUUGCCAGACAUGCAUUUGCGACUAAAUGCAUUUUUGGGUUUAAUUAAAUUCUUUUUUUUUAUUUUUUUGGUUUUGGUUUCUUUUCCAAUUGACAAAUGUUUAUUUUUUUGAGUAUUUACUUUCCAUUGUUAAUGUAAAUGUGACAUUGUUUCUACAGGGUUGUUUCUUGGUUGUACAGCUAGUAUCCAAAUAGACUGUAGGCAGCUGUGUAGACCUCAACACUUGGAAUGAAAGUAAUAUUGUCUCUUUAGGAGUGGACUAUAAAAACAAGUUUUGAAGAUUGACCAGUAGAUAGUAUUGGCAGUCUCAUCUAAUCAUCGUUUAUGUCAGCACCAAAAGUGCUCUCUCCUUGCCUCUGUUCAGUGUGGUUGAGCCAGCUUACACCAUUCAACAUUUUCCUGAUGCUCUCCCUUGGUAUAUUUUAGUUUUGCCAAAGUAGUUUUUUUGUUUUGAAUAAAGCCCAAGACAAGAACAUUAGCUACAUCCAUCCUUUAUUUCUUGACUAACAAAUGGUUUCUCUAUAUUCAGUAACUGUUUUGAUUGAAGUCAAUUAAUGACUCUUCCUCUGAAUGAAAUAUAAUGGACGUGAAAGAAGGAUCUAAUAUCUUGUUAAAACUAAAAUUAAAAAGAGACUAUGAAUAACUUAAACACUACUUUUAAAACUUUGAUUCCUAUUGAAAUGAUUCAGAGGCCUGUAUAGUGUUCACUCAUUCUAUCUUCAAAAUUAGACUUGUUUGUUUAUUUGUUCUUAUAAAGUAUUUCAGCUGUCAGAAUUGCAUCUCAUACAAGGAAAUAUACAUCUAUAGUAUUAUAGUAUAAUCUAAAACUUAAUGACAACUAUCCACAUUAAUCACUCAAAAUUUCUUACUGACUGUUUGCUGGUCAUGGUGGUUCAGCUAAAGACAAGAUUUGUCCACUAGACAGCUUCAAAUUGCUUUCAUAAUCUGUGUGCAAUACUGAGACAAAUAUUAACCAAACCAAUGAGAUGUAUGUGACCUAUAUGUGUGCUGUUGGUGAAGACCUGAUUCUGUUGUCCAUAAUGUUUAACUAGUAGAUGUAAAGAUAAGUUUUGAAAAGUUAGCUUUUUUUUUUUCCUGAAAUUUUUAAUAAAGCUUUGUCCAAAAACC